AAUGGGCGAAUCAGUUAUGCGAGAAUCGACAGUUUGGAUCCAAGAUGACGGACUCCAAGUACUUCACCACUACCAAGAAAGGGGAGAUCUUUGAGCUCAAGGCAGAGCUCAACAGCGAUAAGAAGGAGAAGAAGAAGGAGGCUGUGAAGAAGGUCAUUGCAUCUAUGACAGUUGGCAAAGAUGUCAGCGCUCUGUUCCCAGACGUUGUUAACUGCAUGCAGACGGACAACUUGGAGUUGAAAAAGCUCGUCUACCUCUACCUGAUGAACUACGCCAAGAGUCAGCCAGAUAUGGCCAUCAUGGCUGUCAACACCUUUGUGAAGGACUGUGAAGACCCUAACCCUCUGAUCCGGGCCCUUGCUGUCCGUACGAUGGGCUGCAUCCGUGUGGACAAGAUCACGGAGUACCUCUGCGAGCCGCUGAGAAAAUGUCUGAAGGAUGAAGACCCGUACGUGAGAAAGACGGCCGCCGUGUGUGUCGCCAAGCUCCAUGAUAUCAACGCUCAGUUGGUGGAGGACCAAGGCUUCCUGGACACCCUUAAAGACCUCAUAUCUGACUCCAACCCCAUGGUUGUAGCAAACGCAGUGGCAGCGCUGUCGGAGAUAGCAGAGUCUCACCCCAACAGUAAUCUACUGGACCUGAACCCGCAGACCAUCAACAAGCUGCUGACGGCUUUAAAUGAGUGUACAGAGUGGGGACAGAUAUUCAUCCUUGACUGCCUGGCCAAUUACACACCUCGCGAUGACCGUGAGUCCCAAAGCAUCUGUGAGCGUGUCACCCCACGGCUCUCGCAUGCCAACUCUGCAGUGGUGCUGUCAGCUGUUAAAGUUUUAAUGAAGUUCAUGGAGAUGCUGCCCAAAGACCUGGACUACUACGGCACCCUGCUGAAGAAGCUCGCCCCGCCACUGGUCACGCUCCUCUCUGCUGAGCCCGAGUUGCAAUAUGUGGCCCUCAGAAACAUCAACCUCAUCGUACAGAGACGCCCAGAGAUCCUGAAACACGAGAUGAAGGUCUUCUUUGUCAAGUACAAUGACCCAAUCUAUGUCAAACUGGAGAAGCUGGACAUCAUGAUUCGCCUGGCAUCACAAGCCAACAUCGCCCAGGUCCUGGCUGAGCUGAAGGAGUACGCCACUGAAGUGGACGUGGACUUUGUCCGUAAAGCGGUCAGAGCCAUUGGCCGCUGUGCCAUCAAAGUAGAGCAAUCAGCCGAGCGCUGUGUCAGCACACUGCUAGACCUCAUCCAAACCAAGGUUAACUACGUGGUGCAGGAGGCCAUCGUGGUCAUCAAGGACAUCUUCCGGAAGUACCCCAACAAGUAUGAGAGUGUGAUUGCCACUCUGUGUGAAAACCUGGACUCCCUGGAUGAGCCGGAGGCGCGUGCCGCCAUGAUCUGGAUUGUGGGAGAGUAUGCUGAGCGCAUCGACAAUGCUGAUGAGCUGCUGGAGAGCUUUUUGGAGGGUUUCCACGAUGAAAGCACUCAGGUGCAGCUGCAGCUACUGACAGCAAUCGUCAAGUUGUUCCUGAAGAAGCCCACUGAGACGCAGGAGCUGGUGCAGCAGGUGUUGAGCUUAGCCACACAGGACUCUGAUAACCCAGACCUCAGGGACCGUGGCUACAUCUACUGGCGUCUGCUCUCCACAGACCCCGUGGCUGCUAAGGAGGUGGUUCUUGCUGAGAAGCCCCUGAUCUCUGAGGAGACGGAUCUGAUUGAACCCACACUGCUGGAGGAGCUCAUCUGUCACAUCGGCACUCUGGCCUCCGUCUACCACAAGCCUCCCAGUGCCUUUGUUGAGGGAAGCCGCGGCGUUCAGCACAAGAGACUCCCGGGCAGCGCUGGAUCAGGGGAGAGUGCUGACAGCCCGGAUACAGGUUCUGCUGCUGGAGUUUCUGAGGCGCCCCCUGCUGUAAUCCCGUCCCAGGGAGACCUCCUGGGAGAUCUGCUUAACCUGGACCUGACACCUCCUACUACCACCGGACCACCACCGGCCCCCUCCUCUGGGAUGCAGAUGGGUGCUAUGGACCUUCUCGGAGGAGGACUGGACAGCCUGAUGGGGGAUGAGUCUGAGCCGCCACCCGUUCCCCAGCGGACUGACACCCCUCAGUCACCUCAGCUCUCUCAUCAGUCCCCAUCGCCCCCCGAUUACAGCCCCACUGAGGUUGGUCCAGGGGACCACGCUGGACCAGUAAAGCUUGGCGGCGACCUUGGAGGAAGUCCUGCUAUGGGUGCUGGUUUUGGUGCACCGCCAGCUGCAAUGCCAGCUUCUUUCCCUGCGCCCGUGAGCGGCGGUCUGGAUGACCUGUUCGACCUCGGUGGUAGUGUUGGUAUGCCCAUGGGAGCCUACAGCCCUCCUAAAUCUAUUUGGCUUCCAGCCAUGAAGGCCAAAGGUCUGGAGAUAUCCGGCACGUUUGCCCGCCGUGCUGGGGUCAUCCAAAUGGAGAUGACCCUCACUAAUAAAGCUAUGAGUGUCAUGACUGACUUUGCCAUCCAGUUUAACAGAAACAGCUUUGGUCUCGCUCCAGCCGGUCCACUCCAGGUUCUCACCCCUGUUAGCCCAAACCAGAGCAUUGAAGUGGCCCUUCCCCUCAGUACUGUGGGACCUGUCAUGAAGAUGGAGCCUCUCACCAACCUGCAGGUGGCUGUUAAGAACAACAUUGACGUAUUCUACUUCAGCUCCCAGUACCCCAUCAGCAUGCUGUUUGUAGAGGACGGCAAGAUGGAGCGACAGGUGUUCCUGGCCACAUGGAAAGACAUUCCUAAUGACAACGAGGCCCAGUUUCAGAUCAAAGACUGCCAUCUCAGCUCAGAUGCAGCUUCCAGCAAACUGCAGGCUAGCAACGUCUUCACCAUAGCCAAGCGUACAGUGGAGGGUCAGGACAUGCUGUACCAGUCGAUGAAACUCACCAACGGCAUCUGGGUUCUGGCUGAGCUGAGGGUGCAGGCAGGAAACCCAAACUACACGGUGUCUCUGAAGUGCAGAGCUCCAGAAGUUUCCCAGUGUGUGUUCCAGAGCUACGAGGCGAUGCUGAAGAACUGAGAGACGCCCCGACGUCGACCCGGCCGCUGCCCCUCGCAGACUCCUGGCGCCUCUUCCUGCUUCCCCCUCACCUGACCCACCAACCAUAUUACAACUUCACUCAGUGCAGGAGCCGCUUCCUGCUGUGUCGGGCCCGGAGGCUGCGCUCUGUAUGUCAUUCAGCUCUUUAAUUAGGAUGGUUAAUGAUGAUUUCUGUCCCGUUUUGACCACAUGGCUGAUGGUUUUAUCCCCCCUGAGACUGCAGAUAUUUCUGGUUCCCUCUCUGUCCUGUCCCUCUUUGUGUUUAUUGGCACACAAGCUCCAGUUUCUGGACAUUUAUCUCUCGGUAAACGUUCUCAAUGAUCACUGAGCAGGUGCUCCGCUCGUCCCUGCCGGGCCCGUCCUGCCACGACCUUUAUUCUUUUGGAGACGGACAGCCGCGUGACUUGUAUCCCCGUGACCGUUUCCUCUGCAUGAGGCUCUUUAAUCAUUAGCUAGCCACAAUUUCUCUGCAAAUUGGAGUCUAUUUUUAGCGUCUGCAAUCAGCAGGUGAAUCAUCAGCGUCUGCAUAUUUAUUUAGGGUACUUUCUAUUAAAAAUGCGGCUGAAAAAAGGCUUUAACUGUCCCUCCGCCCGUGUGAAGCGGGAAGGUGGUCGUCUGGGCUGUGGAAGAGACACAUAAAUACUUACAAACUACAUCAUUGUUGUCUUUGUCAUUUUGUAGAGUUUUUCCUUUUAGCGUGUGGUCAGCAGCAGGAUCAGAUUCUCCGAAUGUCUGACGUGUGCCUGGAAAUGUUUGUCGUCGUGUGUUUUUGUUUUUAAUUUCUACAUCAAACAUCUGGACAUUUUAUAGACUAGCAGCAGUUGUCCGCUGCCGGCUCUCUUACUUAGUCAUUCCAUGGUUUAAUUUUGUGUUUGUAGUCUUUGUGUGCAUGUGGCAAACUGGGAGAGAGCCUCAGGUGUCGAGGACGCAUCAGUGAUGACCGAUCGGGCUCUCUCUGCCACUUUGCUCUCUCUGUAUCCUUAUAGCCGCUUUCUGAGUACCACGGCCACCUGAGAUGAAGGCUCAGGUGAGACAUCUCUAAACUUUCUAACACUUCUGAGUACUACGUGCACACGCAGGUAGCAAACGUAGCCGAGAGAGAGACAGAACAACACCCGGUGUCCCUGUUUUACCCGCAGACUCCAGGUUGAAUUGGUUCCUUUUUUCCGGGUCGUUACACUGAAGCCCUUUUUUAUCGGCUCCACAGGAUGUUUGCACUUUCUCUAAGGCCUUGUGAAAGACUACAACAGAGGUGGCUGUGUAUUCUGAGUGUGUGUCUUUUGUGUGUGGUGACGGCUGAUUCGUAUGAAAUGCUGUAAAAGGAUAAAAAAAAAAAGAAAAAGAAGAGAAAGAAAUCAAAUGUUUAAUCAGAUGCUUUUCGGUUGACUUGAUUUUGUUCAUUGUGUGUACAUCAUUUGAAGAAGAACUAUUAAAAGUCUUGAUAAAUUCA